CAUGCAUGACAACAAGCUAUACCUAGUUAGUUUUACUUCAAAGAUGGUGAUACAAACAAAACUUGCUAGUUCUUACUGAUAUCACGAACAUAAUCAAGAGACAAUAUAUUAUGUUGAGAUGCAGAGUGUACAACCAUAUUUGAAAGCGAAGAACCAAGUCGGCAAGCAAUACUCCCAUCUGUAUUUUCAGGAAAAAUAUCUCAAAACAGUACCAAAGGUAAACCCUUCGAAAGAAUCUUCAGUUAUAUACCUGUUCAACAACCAUAUAACGAAAAUUGAAAACUUGGAUGGAUUCCCGAAUAUGACUUGUUUGUAUCUGCAAAACAAUGAUAUCAAGAGAAUCGAGAAUCUAGAAGCACUCAAAAAGCUCAAGAAACUAUAUCUUAGUCAUAACCACAUCAGUACCCUUGAAGGUUUGCAGACUAAUGGAAACCUAGUAGAGCUUCAUAUGGAGAAACAGAGUUUACCUAAUGGCACUCCACUAUGUUUCGACCCAAGAUCAGUUAUGGCAUUAUCUCACAGUCUACGAAUCCUCAACAUAUCUAAUAAUAACAUUUCAUCAAUCAUCAGCCUGACACCUCUGAUAAACUUGCGGUUUCUGGAUGCGUCGAAUAAUGAUCUCGAUGAUAUCAAUGAUGUUUGUCAAACAUUGUCCCACUGGUAUCAUCUCCGAGAUGCUUAUUUUUUCGGAAAUGCUUUCACAAAACAGCAUCGUUAUAGAGAGAAAAUCAUCAGUUCUUCAAUAUCCUUGAAAACUCUGGAUGGAAAGGAGAUUUCGGAUGUUAUGAGAGUGUUUGUGAAAAGAUUCUAUAUGGCUAAAAUGGUGAGAUCCAAAGAGUCCGUCGUAUGAAUGGUUCUUCGACUGAAGAAGCUGAACAACCAGUUGGUAAUUCAGUGUUUCAUAAUUCUCAAAUCUGUAGCAAUGAAGAAUAAACGAGCUCUAU